GGGUCUGUCCACCUCCACUGGUCCGUCCGUGGAACCGAGGAAGGUGCCAACAUACAUCUACAGUCGGUCAACAGGAUCUAAGGCCCGGAGGUCGAUCUCGCUCGCUCGCUCGCUCGCGUUGCUCGCUCUCGCUCUCGCUCUGCCUCUGCCUCUGGCGCUGCCCCCCGCCCACCCGUCCCCUCGCUCCAUCGCUCUCGCAGGCUUUCUCUUUUUGCUCACCGUAGGUUUGGUUCCUGAGCUUUGCUGAAGGUGUCUGGAGUCAAGGGACAGAUCUUAUCGUCGAGGCGAGUCUGGCGAACAGUCAGCUGGCAGGACGACGAAGUAUCGAUGUUUCGCAGAGAUUUGGUGCAUUCGGUGUUCAUCUGUCGGGCUCUGCUGCUAGAUGUAGUCGCGCAUCGCUGCUAUGGGAGAGUCAUGCGUGACUUCAGCCCGCACGCAUUCGAGCAUUGUUAGUUCUGGUAGGGCCGAAGUCUGGAUUGAUUGCUAGAUUGAUUGCUCGCUCGCUCGGCCAUCGGACCUGCGAAUUAGAGAGUAGUCGCGCGCUCGGCCUUCCUCUCCACCCCUGCCGCGUGAUCCUUCGGACUCCUCGAUGGACGCAAUGCGCACCCGUCUCUAGCCAGCCUGCCAGCGCUCGAGCGUCCUCGUCUCCCAUGUAGGUGCACGUCCCGCGACAGCGAGCGAGGAGGGAGCGACGGAGAUGAUCCAGCGACGAAGAAAUGGGAAAAAAACACGGAGGAGGGGGAAAUGAUGGGAGAUAGUGGGAGCGCAUGGACGUAUCUGUCUGCAUGGGACGUGCUCAAUGCCUGGCUCUUAGCGAAAAGCUCCAACAGAUGUCGCGGUGCGAGUUAUAAAUCUGGAUUCGCAGCGACCGUGGCUGCGGCUGCCAGGGAGUCCGACGGCGACGCCAGCAUCGUUUGCGUAGUGCGAGCGCGAGUGCGAGUGCGAGUUAGACGUAGGGAACUCACAGGAACUCGUAGGGACCAAUCCUUGAGCGGACGGAGCAGACUCCCAGUGCAGGUCGAGGCGUGAUCCGAGGCUUGGAUCUGGACCGGGAGCUCGGCGUGAGGCGCAUCAAUUCUCGAAAGGAUACGAUACGAUACGUUAGUUAAUCUGAUUGCCUCGGCGGCGCGUCUGUCUGUCCGGUACAUUGUACACUAGUCGCCCGGGCGCAGGCCGGAGGCCGGAGCGCUUGAUUUGUGCUCUCGAGGAGUUGCUCCGAGAGCCAAUGUACACAGAGUCGUGAUGUUUCAAGCUGAAGAGUCGAGGCUACUUAACAAUAUUUUGCGAAAUAGAGUGCGGGACGAGGGUAUGAUGCCCAACUCGAUGGGAGAACUAGAGGGCGGCCGAUCAUUACCCGAGAGCAGAAUUGAGGGGGGUAUUGGUAAGGGGAUUCCAAAAAACGGGUUCUCCUAUGGCAAGGCCCACUCGUUUACCACUCCCAAAUGGCAGGAAUGUGCGAGUCCUACCAGAUACAGUGACAAGGAAUCCAUGAGUCCGACUGUUCCGGAACCGGAACCUGAAGUCAGCACGCCUGUCGCCUUCAACAAGGAGGACUACAAGAAUGUCGACGAAUUUCUUAACUCACACGCUGCCUUCCUGGACGACCUUAGGAAAAAGGUUACCGAGACGCCAGUGAAAGACCGUGUUCUUAUUUUUGAAAAUCUUCAAUGGGAAAUCUUGAGAGAAGCCGGCAAUUUGAGCUGGUUUGGAUUGGCCUUCAAGUUGGUCGGUUACAUCACAACACGGUCCCAUAGCGUGGCGUACUGUCACGAGAAGAUCGAGACUCUGCAGCAGCAGGUUGAUUACAUUGGUGAUCAGAUUGAUGAGUUGAAGCUCUGUCUGGAAACGGAUAGCGACAUCUUCAAGAUUGCUGCGGGGACCCUUUUGUACACCUUUGCUGCCAUCAAGCAUAUAGAGCAAAAGGUUGAUACCAGUCAAAGAUACACAAGCUGCUGCUCUCCUGUAAGUGCCUGGAUGGUGAGGAAGUCUUUGUCCGAAGGAGUACCGACCCAGUUGGACGACGUUCUCAGUGAACUGAAAGUUUUACAGGAUAAUCUCAUGUUCGCUACGCUUGCUGCAGUGGGAAACCGUGUGGCUCAGUCUGUCAUCAAGAAGCCUCCUGCUUUGCAGACCAUGAGUAUUGGGUUGGAUCAACACAUCAGUCACAUCAUCAGUUUCUUUCAAAAGCCUGGGGUUUGCCUGGUGGGUAUUUAUGGACAUGCAGGGGUGGGGAAAACCAUGCUUCUCAAUGAAGUUGUGACAACACUUCAGAAAACUCAGAAACGUUUGUUUGCAUCUGUUGAGGUCGGAGAAAGGCCAGAUGAUCUUCGAAAAUUGCAGGCAUCUCUUUUGCAGCAGCUUGGGGGAGGAAAGAAAGAGUUCACCAGCACAGCACAGGGGAGAAAUGCUUUGCUUUAUCAGCUCCAAAAGUUGAAACACAACAACAAGCAAGCUCGCAUAGCCAUCGACAAUCUCUUUGAUAUCCGGCUCAUUGGAGAGCUCUUUCCUCACAGUCUUGGAAAAGUUUUGCCACUCAAGAGUUCACUACUUGUCAGUUCUCCUUCUUUAGCUAUUAUUAAUCGGUUAGAUCAACUAUGUCGGCCUGCUAUGCCUCAAUACCACUUCUUGCCCUACAAAUUGCCUUCCCUCUCUGCCCAGCAAGCGAAAACCCUCUUUCUCUCCCAUGCAGCUUCAGAGCCAGUGAGGAGUCAAGGAAUGCUCAACAAGUAUGUGGAGAUGGUUGAUCAAGUUGUACCCCUCUGUGAUGGUAACCCCCUAGCCCUGAAGGUCACAGGGUCUUAUUUCUCUGAUGAAGCCAAUCAAAGCGAAGAGCACUGGUCUUCGAUAUCGAAAAAAAUGAAGCUGGCAGAAGAACUGGAUUCCCCGGAGGAUCAGAUGUUUGGCAAGUUACAGGUCAUAUAUGACCGUCUGGAUAUGACCCUCAAGGAAGCAUUCCUGGACAUUUCCAUCUUCUUUCGUGGGUGGGAUUGGAGGAUUGUGGACCGCAUUGUGGGCAAGCCGGCCAUGAAGUCCCUAAUGAGUCAAGCGUUGAUAGCCGCCAGCAAGAAAGAUACAGAGAGUUUGUAUGGUAUUGCCCAAUGGACCAGGUACUCCGAGCAUCCCUGGAAGGUGGAGCUGGUAGGCAUGCACGACUUGUUGGCUGCUAUAGGCUCCCGUCGAGCCCAGGGUAAUCGUGUGCAGUCCGAGGAUCAAACACAUCUGCCGGAGAGACUGUUGGUGGAUGGGCCUGGAAAUGAACUCAGCAAUAUCAAAGGAUUGUCUCUCUUGAGCUGUAAAGAAGCCUUGCAGGGGCAUAUGCUGGAGAGGAUGAGUAAUCUUCGGCUUUUGAUCCUGCACGACACUGGUGUCCGGGGAUACUGUACUAAGGCUCUGAGUCAGCUACAGUUUUUCUACUGGGGCCGAAGUCAGCCAGCAUCGGAAGUUAAAAUUCCCUUUCAGAUGAAUCGCAUGAAGAAGUUGGAAGUGGUCAUAUUGAGGGCUCAUGAAAUUGACUUGAAUUUGAAGUUUCCACCGCAACUCAGGGACCUGACUUUGAUCGGGUGCAAUAACAUGGAAGAGCUACCAGAUACAGUGGCUCAAUUGACGGGGCUUGCAGAACUCCACCUCUACAGCUGCAGUCGUCUGCAGGACCUGACUGAGGCAUUCGGAAAUCUGCGCACUCUUUACAGGUUCCGGAUGGAGAAUUGUGGGGGAAUCAAAGAGCUACCGAGGUCGCUUGGGCACUUGAUAAAUCUGAAGGAGAUGGACCUGUCCGGGUGCCAGAACUUGACCUCUUUGCCACCGGAAAUCGGGACCUUAUGCAACCUUGAGAGGCUUGAUCUUAGCCGAUGCAAGAGCUUAACCCUGCUUCCGUCAGAAAUUGGAGGCUUACGCAGCUUGACGUAUCUGUCCUGCGCGCAUUGUGCUUUGACCUCUGUUUGCCCGGAGAUUGGAAAACUGGGUAUGCUGGAAGAGCUUUCGUUGACCAACUGUGCUCGACUGGAGAAGCUUCCGAAGGAGAUCGGGAAUUUGGCCUUUUUGGAGAGGCUGAAUCUUAGCUCUUGUAUAGGGUUGAAAGAGCUUCCUAGAGAGAUAGGAUGUCUCGGGUCUUUGCUACGGUUGUCGUUGAGUACGUGCACCGCACUUCUCAGGCUACCGGAGGAGCUUUGGUGUCUGACGACUCUCCAGUCCCUUGAUCUGGACUACUGCAAACACCUGACUCAUCUGCCGAAGGAGAUAGGUAAUCUGACAUCUCUACAAAAGCUAUCUCUGAAUUGCUGCACGAAGCUCACCAAACUUCCAACAGAAAUCACUGGUCUACGGUCUUUACAGGUCCUGAAUUUGGUUGGAUGCACGGGUCUGAAGGGCGAUCUCCCUCCUGCAUUGCACGACCUGACCAACGAUGAUGUGGAAGUGCAUAAGGAUGACGACUCGGUUAUCUUGGAGGGGCCUGUCAAUCCCAGCUUCAAACUCUACACAGUGGCAUAGAGUGUAAAUACGAGGCGAAAGCUCAAACCCAUAACAGAGUACUCAUUGACAACAGGUCUUGGAGGCCCCUGUUGAACUGAGAAUCCUGAAGGGUCUUAAACAGUGACUAUAUCAGCCGUCUUAGUCCAUGUCAAACAGCCAUGAUUAUAGUCAAUGCCCGAAGCAUUAACCACGUUUUCGCUUUUCUGUAUCAUUUCUCAUCAUGACUUAGUGGACGAGACAGAUCAAAUGUACUGAAAGCCUCCCGCAUCAGCUAGACACCAAACCAGUUUUUCUAACUGCCACUGAAUUUAAUUUCCAUUUUUGGCAUUUAGAAGUGCUAAAAUUAUGUCCCCUCAUUCAAUUAACAUAUCAUUGGAUUUGCGAUACCAUCUGAACCUGUUUCUCUUGCUUCAUGGGAGGAGCUUUCACUCAGGAUUCCAAUCUUUAGUGGGAGUGUACGUUGAUCUACACUUGGAGAUGAAAGCUAUUUCUGGGUCAAGACCAAAGCCAGCUGUAGAGUUUGACCUCAGUUCCACCCACUUCAGACUUAAAAGUGAUGCUCUUCAGCGACAAUAGGAUACGUAUGCUAAGUAUGGCAAUGUUUCAUUGGGGUGGACUCUUCGGACAGGAGUAUGGUUAACCCCCAGACUGAGCGGAUCUAUUGACAUCUUUCCUAGCAGGGUCCUCACAGGCUUCUUUCCGGUCAAGCCACGUCCUGUCAAAAGUGGCAUCACUCUGUCCUCGAUUCAGGACCUUUAUGUAAAACUGUAAGCAAUGUGUCAGUUAACAGUGACCAUCCACAGAACAUACUGCUUUCUCUGGUUACUGAUAUGCGGACUGCCUUUUAGUUGGCUUCAUCUGAUAACGUGCAAGCCGGCUAUCCUAACCUCACUAGAGUGUUUUGAUGGUGAAAAUGUACAACUCUGAUAUCAUCUCAAUUUUAAGUAGGUGAUCUUUCUCAGUAUCUUGCUCCAAUAGGGACAAGCAUCGUUGAUAUUGAGGAAGGAUGUUUGAGCAAGUAAGUGGUCUAGGUUUGUAAAGCUGUCAAAAUCCUUUACCUCUCCGAAAGCUGUUCCUCAUUCAUGUGCUUUUAUACCUGAAGUUGAUGUAGGCGACAGGUCGGGUUGUUCCUGAUUUUUCUCAUGAACAUGUCUGUCUGCAAUUCUGUAGCUGCUUAAGUUGUGGGAAUUUAAGACUUCUUUCGAGUCCUUUUCGAUGGUUGAGGUGGAAGGCCGAUGUAGGCCUGGUUCAAUUAUCACACAGAAGAACCAUCUGUAGAUUUGCGUUGAUGUAAUCCACCAUUUUAUUGUUAACUUCACGUUGAGUCUCAAUGCC